CCAUUGGGCUCCAGCCGCACUCAGCGCCGCCGCACUCAGCUCCGCCCCCUUUCUCCUCCAGCUCCGCCUGCGCCCUGCAGAGGGCAGGCCUUGACGCGUACGUUAGAGAGACAGGUUCCAAUGAAAAGAGCGAGGGGGCGCAGCCGAAGUCUCUAGCGUGGGCGGGGCGAGGCGGGGCGAAAUUGCCAGUGUCUGGACUCAGCUUUGCAUAACGAUACAUAGCUUUGUGUAACCAAUGCAGGAAGGCAUUUAAAGGCUUAAAGGCGCCUCUGCCGCCGCAGACCUUGCAGUUAACUCGGCCCGGACCCACCCUUCUCAAUGCAAUCCCUGAUGCAGGCUCCGCUCCUGAUCGCCCUGGGCUUGUUGCUCGCGGCCCCUGCACAAGCCCACCCGAAAAAGCUACGUAAGUUUUCCUGGGACAACUGUGAUGAAGGGAAGGACCCUGCGGUGAUCAGAAGCCUGACUGUGGAGCCUGACCCCAUCAUCAUUCCUGGGAAUGUAACCCUCAGUGUCGUGGGCAGCACCAGUGUCCUCCUGAGUUCUCCUUUGAAGAUGGAUUUACUUUUGGAGAAGGAAGUGGCCGGCCUCUGGAUCAAGAUUCCAUGCACAGACCAGAUUGGCAGCUGUACCUUUGAAGACUUCUGUGAUGUGCUUGAUAUGUUAUUUCCUACUGGGGAGCCCUGCCCAGAGCCCCUACAUACCUAUGGGCUUCCUUGCCACUGUCCUUUCAAAGAAGGAACCUACUCACUGCCCCAGAGUGAAUUCACUGUGCCUUCCCUGGAGUUGCCCAGUUGGCUCACCACCGGGAACUACCGCGUGCAGAGUGUCCUGAGCAGCAGCGAGAAGCGUCUGGGCUGCAUCAAGAUCGCUGCCUCUCUAAAGGGCCUAUAACAUGGCAUCUGCUCCAGCAGAAUGGUGGGGUAUGAGGAAGGUUCCUUUUCCUCUGUCUUGUGUUUGCCAAGGCCAAAUUCCUACUCUCUGCCCACCUUUAAUCCCCUUUCUACAAUGAGUCCCCUACCCUAACUGAAAAUCAUUUUGUGCAACUUAACAUUUUAGGCUGGGGAAAGCAGCCCUGACCUAAGGGAGGAUAAGUUGGACAGUUCUUGAUAGCCCAGGGCAUGUGGGCUGACCACGUGACCCAUCCCCAUUAACAUUCUCUCUAAAGAGCCUCAUUCAGUCUCGGAAUGGGAACCAGCAUGUUUUAGGAGCUGAAGAGUCUUUAUGACUUUCUGUCUCACUCUUUUUUUUUGUCGCUAAGUUAAAAGCAAAGUGACAGUAUUAAUGUUUUUGUUCUACUCCAGCCUCUGUUAGAAUGAAGGGGUGAAAUGAAAGUAGUUGCUCUUAGUCUAUUCCUUCCCUAACUUUUGUGACUAAUUUUGAUUUCCUUUUUAGAUUGGCCCAGUUAAUACUAGGGUGCAGUGUAUCCUGGAGAGGCAGGGUGUGUCGGGGAGGGAUCCCUUGGGGGAGAUAUUAGGAGUGCUCUGUUGUUUACAAACUCAGGUACCCGCAGGGCCUAGCAAGAGACUUAAAUGAGUGACAAGGACCAUGAGAAACAUGUUGUUUCCAUGCUUGAUUUCAAUUUUUCCUUUUUGAUUAAAGAUAAUACUACAGUGUAAAUAUUUCUUAUACUAUACAGAAAGUCACAGCACACGUGCAUUGAUACAAGGCCGUUGAGGCCUGGUCUUCAGUUGGAAAUAUAAUUAAGGGUGGCAAGGACUGGAGUAGGUGGGAGAGUACAUAGCCAGUCUGUGAAGACACCUGCUACCUAGCUAUGAUCAGUCAGUGCCACAUAAGAAUGGCGUGGGCCCAGUAUUGCCAGAUAGUUUCAAUGUUUGCUCCUAGGGAAGC